CUCUGAAAAUUUUUGUGCCUUGAGAUAAGAAUGAGAGUGGAUGGGAUGAUUAUGGGCAAUUUAUGUCCCAUGCUCUGAUAAUGGGAGUGGGUGGGGAUGAUCUUAAAAGGACUUAUUGGCCUCAAUACAGUUACUAGUCACCAUCACCACAUAGUCCAAGUCCAAGAGAAGCUUACCCGAUAUUUUCGAGUGAGAGGGCGAGAACCAUUCCGGAGCAGGAGAAUGGUAAUCUCAUACUUGUUCUUGUUUCUGGCUUUGAUCAUAGACCUUGGAGACUGCCAAAAUAAUGGGUGUGCUGAAUUACGGUGCGGAGGUCAUGGCCCAGCCAUCCGAUUUCCCUUCCGAGUUAAUAGCCAGCCAGAGCAUUGUGGGUAUCCUGGGUUUAGUCUCUCCUGCACCGAUACAAAUGACACAGUGGUCGAGCUGCCGAUUUCAGUAAAGCUUUCUGUCAAACAGAUUGACUACAAAUCUCAGGCGAUUCAAUUAUAUGAUCCAGAUCGUUGCAUUUCAAGGAAGAUUCGGAGACUCGAUUUAUCUUCCUCGCCUUUCCAAUUCGAAGUACAUUAUCCUCAUUCCCGCGUUACAGACUUUGCCUUAUUCAAUUGUUCCCCAAGAGAAGUAAAAAAAUUGGAGUUUAUCCCUUGUCUCAGUAGCCCAAACCACCAGGUUUAUGCCUUCGAUACGGAUGAUGACCUCAUGGAGUACCCCCUAUCAUCUUGUACAAAGAUUUAUACCCUUGGAUCAAUUCCAAAUACUACAAUGCUCGGUGACGAUGAGAAAAAAAAUCUUGAAUUGAAGUGGUCCAGACCAGUUUGUGGGCGCUGUGAAGCAAAAGGCAAGAAAUGCAGAUUGAAGAGUAAUAGCACCGAAUUAGAAACCGAAUGCUUCCUCGAAGGAGCAUUAUCAAAGUUAGUGAUCACUGGUAUUGUCUUGGGUUCAUUUAUAUUCCUACUAGCUAUCUUUGCUCUCUAUCGUUUCUAUACUUACGAUAAACUAGAGAAAGACUAUCAAGCGAAAAUCGAAAAGUUUUUGGAAGAUUACAGAAAUUUCAAACCCACAAGAUACUCGUAUGUUGACAUUAAAAGGAUUACAAAUCAAUUUACUGAGAAGUUAGGCGAAGGAGCAUAUGGAACAGUAUUCAAAGGAAAGCUUUCUUAUGAAAUUCAUGUUGCAGUGAAGAUUCUCAACACUUCCAAAGGGAAUGGGGAAGAAUUCAUAAAUGAAGUAGGAACAAUGGGUACGAUUCAUCAUGUUAACGUGGUUCGCUUGGUUGGCUUCUGCGCUGAUGGAUUUAGACGGGCUCUAGUAUAUGAGUUCUUACAAAAUGAUUCACUAGAGAAGUUUAUAUCUUCAAGGGCUGCCAAGAAUCGUAUCCUUAAUUUGGAUAAGUUGCAAGAUAUUGCUCUUGGCAUAGCAAAAGGAAUUGAAUAUCUUCAUCAAGGAUGUGACCAACGAAUCCUCCAUUUCGAUAUCAAACCUCAAAAUGUUUUGCUAGACCAAAACUUCAGUCCAAAAAUUUCUGAUUUUGGUCUUGCCAAGUUGUGUUCAAAGGAUCAAAGUGUUGUGUCCAUGACCACAGCUAGGGGGACUGUGGGUUACAUUGCACCUGAAGUAUUCUCUAGAAAUUUUGGGAAUGUGUCUUAUAAAGCAGAUGUUUAUAGCUUUGGAAUAUUGUUACUUGAAAUAGUCGGAGGGAGGAAAAAUGUUGACGUUACAGUUGAAAACACUAGUGAAAUCUAUUUUCCAGAGUGGAUCUACAAUCUCUUAGAACAAAAAGAAGACAUACGAAUUUUUGUUGAGGAUGAUGGAGAUGCUAAAAUUGCAAAGAAACUUGCAACUGUAGGACUUUGGUGCAUCCAAUGGAAUCCAGUGGAUCGUCCUUCCAUGAAAGAUGUGGUUCAAAUGUUGGAGGGAGAAGGAGAUAAUUUAAGUAUGCCUCCUAAUCCCUUUGCCUCUGCCGGCUCUGUAAAGGAUAAUGCAAAUAUACCUAAAAAACAUCUGAACCAGGAGUUGGAGGUCAUCGCAGAAUCAGAAUAAUUAUAUGUAAACUUGGCGUUUGUGAUAAUAAUAUACGUUGCAAUGAUCUUGUACUCUUA